UCGCGCCAAGAGACGAUCGGUCUCGCGAGAUCUCUCGUAAACUUACAGAACCGGAAGUAGCGUGUAGCUCUCUUCCCUUUUGCGGCCAUCGCUGGAGCUGCAGCGGCCAACAUGAAGUUCAAUCCGUUUGUGACCUCCGAUCGGAGCAAGAACCGUAAAAGGCAUUUCAAUGCACCUUCGCACAUUCGCAGGAAGAUUAUGUCCUCCCCUCUUUCCAAAGAGCUACGACAGAAGUACAACGUUCGAUCCAUGCCCAUCCGGAAGGACGACGAAGUACAGGUUGUGCGAGGACACUACAAAGGUCAGCAGAUUGGCAAAGUGGUCCAGGUUUACAGGAAGAAAUACGUCAUCUACAUUGAACGAGUACAGCGAGAGAAGGCCAAUGGCACGACUGUCCACGUGGGCAUCCACCCCAGCAAGGUGGUUAUCACUAGACUAAAACUGGACAAAGACCGCAAAAAGAUCCUUGAACGCAAAGCCAAAUCUCGCCAAGUAGGAAAGGAAAAGGGCAAAUAUAAGGAAGAAACAAUUGAGAAGAUGCAGGAAUAAAGUAAUCUUAUAUUCAACUUUAAAUAAAAACUGUUAAAAUGAUAAAA